AUGGCUGGAGUGGUUCCUCCCCAGAGCUCCGUCGCAUUGGAGCAGACGCGACAGAACUUCGACAAUCUCACUUUCAACGGGAAUGAGAGCAGCGCCGGUCGCCCCUUGGAGGUGAUAUGUGGUCCUUUGCUCAACUAUAUGCGCAUGAGCGUCGAUAACGAAUCAUCAACAUGGUACGGCAGCGUCCUCGUCGUGACUGCGCCGGGCCUAGGUCAGCCGGAACUGGCUCUGCGACACGCAGGUCCCGUAACGCAAGCAGACAACAAUGGGACAACCCAACAACCGCAUACAACGACGACUCGGGCCACCAAACUUUACGAAGACCCGCACAAAGCGUUUUGGAGAUUUUCGAUCUCGCUUCCUUUGAGCGAGUAUGAAGCGAAGUGGGAAUACACUAUCCCUGGAUAUCAGUAUGCGAACGGUUCCCAAGUCCCCAACUCGUGGAGUUUUGCCGUUCCUGCUCGGAGCCAGUCUAUGCGCAUCAUGUUCCAUUCCUGCAAUGGUUUCUCCGUCGGAACUGAUACUGAUAGCUGGGCUGGCCCUGCGUUGUGGAAUGACGUUCUCCGAGUCCACGCACAGCGUCCGUUUCACGUAAUGAUAGGAGGCGGUGAUCAGAUAUACAACGACGGCAUUCGCGUCGAUGGGCCACUCCGCGAAUGGACGGAAAUUUCCAACCCUCACAAGCGCCAGCAUCAUGAAUUUGAUGGCACGCUGAGGGCGCAAUGUGACGAGUAUUAUUACAACAAUUAUGUACGCUGGUAUGGACAUGAGCCUUUCAAAACUGCCAAUGGUCAGAUCGCUCAGAUCAAUAUCUGGGAUGACCAUGACAUCAUUGAUGGCUUUGGGUCGUAUACAGACCAUUUCAUGAAAUGCGCCGUGUUCCGCGGGAUUGGUGGUGUCGCUUUCAAGUACUACUGCUUGUUCCAACACCACAUUCCUCCCCCCAAGUCGACUUUCACCACGGAUGUCCCGGUGGGUAUUGACCCUCGUCAAGUGGAGAACACAUUCGUUCUCGAGGAAACCCAUGAUGACCCGAGAUGGAUUAUGGGCAAGAGCCCUGGCCCAUAUGUCGAGGAAAAAAGCCGCAGUCUGUACAUGCGCCUGGGAAAACGGAUCGCCUUUGCAGGGAUCGACGCGCGCACGGAACGCACUCGUCACCAGGUCAAUUACCCAGAGACAUACGAUCUCAUCUUUGACCGCCUUGACCGAGAAGUCGCCGAGUCGAACGGGGAGAUCAAGCACCUUAUUUUGCUCCUUGGUGUCCCCAUUGCGUAUCCACGUCUCGCAUGGCUAGAGAACAUACUUACGUCUCCUUUGAUUGCUCCCAUUCGCUUGUUGAAUAAGCGAUUUGGCUUGGGCGGUGGCUUGUUCAACAAGUUUGACGGACAAGUCGACCUCUUGGAUGAUCUUGACGAUCACUAUACCGCGCGACAGCACAAGACGGAGCGUCGGGAGCUGAUUCAGCGUCUACAACAGUUCUCGAAGCGUCAUUCAGUGAGAGUGACGAUUUUGGGCGGUGACGUUCACUUGGCUGCGCUGGGUCGGUUCUAUUCGAAAGUCAACCUGAACAUUCCGGUUGAGAAUGACCAUCGCUUCAUGCCGAACAUUGUCAGUAGCGCCAUUACAAACAAGCCGCCUCCAAAGGCAGUCGCCAACCUCCUCGCACGAAGGAAUAAGAUCCAUCACCUGGACCGCGACACCGAUGAGACCCUCAUGUCUUUGUUCGACAAGCAGCCCGGCGGUGUGGAGAAGGGUGCUUCUUGGAACAAUGUUACCAUGCCAUCGCGAAACUAUGCUUGCAUUACCGAAAUCGAGUCGCAUGCCGCCAACGGUUCCACAGGACAGCCACUUUCUUUAGUGCCAACCCAGCACCCUAAGGAUGGGCAUUCACCGCUACAUCUGGGCGAAGAACAUGUUGGUACAGUGCAUCAAGCUGCGGAUGGUGUCAGCAACACCAGUGCUCUAGCUGGUGGCUUGGAUGUUGCAAUCCGAGUAGAAAUCGAGCAAGGAAACAGAGACGGUAAUACAGAGGGCUAUGGUUUGAGCAUUCCUGCACUGUUUCCUCCACUGCACACUCCUAUCCCCGUGCCCGGUUCCGCUGCUGGCUCUGUUCCCAGUUCUGCUCCUCGCUCUGCUAUUUAUGCCCGAAACGACAACGAAGCUUGA